AUUCUAUGUCAUUCUUUUUCUGCUGCUUCUAUACAAUAAUUAUUAGAGGAAGUACCUGGAGCGAUCUUUUAUUUAGCGGUGAAAGUCAAGCCUGACAAUUAACUGUGAUUUACUUGGAAUAUGUAAUUCGUCAUUCCAGCCUCAAUUAGCCGGAAGAUAUAGCAGUGAAAAAUGCGUAUCCGCUGCACUUACUACAUGGAAGACAGUCAUACUUGGCAUGAUGUUACAAAUCACCAGUUUCCUUAAUCGAUUUUUCCCCAACACGCAGCGUUACAUCCUGCAGUUCAUUAUUGUCUGUCACACUCCGCCAUUUUGCUACGGUCCGUCAGAAGGAGUCCAUAGUUUUGCAGAGCUGACCGGGGUUAAAUAAAAUUCGGCGAUAUUAGCCAGGAUUUUAUAUAUGUAUCGUGAUUUUGUGAAAUAACUGAGCAGCUGUGUCAAGCUCGUGGAUUAUUAGCGAUUGAUUAUGCAUCUUGGAAUUCCCUUUGAUUUACCGGAAUCAUUCCUUGUUUACAUUUUAUUGCGAAGUGGCGCCAUCGGAAUUCAUCCAGGUUGUGAUUAAUAUACAACGCGUGCAGUUAGUGGAUCACGUUUAAUCAUUACUCAUGGGGCCAAUGGAGAUAGCCCAAACGAGCCAGGCACAGUCCCCGGAUGACCUUCUAAACGAUGCCAUACGGAGUACCGGAUCCGCAUCACCUCCGGAUUUUACUGCAACAGGCUCUGAUGGUUAUGCCGAUCCGGAUAGCAAUGAUUUACUGAAUAAGGUCAGCAAACCUAAACAGGCAUUAGAUCGCUUUUGUUGGAUUUGUCAUACACCAGCCUCUGUUAGCAUCAAUCCAGUGGCAGUGGACCACGACACUAACCAUGAGGACACCGGAAAUCACGGUAGCGGUGUGGAAAAUUCUGGCAAUGUAACGGUUUACAACUGCACAGAAUGUUCUCGAACUUUCCACUCGCAAUGUUGGAUCACCGUUGGAAAGACACAGGAACGUGUCCCAGAACCGGUCUGCGUUGAGUGCCAGGCAAUUAGACUGGAGAAGCGUAAUCCGCUGAAUGUGAUGCAGCGUGUCGGCGAGAAAAAGCUCCAACAGUUUUACUUGUAUAUGCUUCGGUUUGUGGAAGAAAAACUAGCUAGGGAUCAGGAAGGUCCUUUCGCCAAAAAUCCCUCAGCAGCCUACAGACCGGAAGAAGGACAGGAGCAGGUUGUUUCCCCGGCAGUUUUACAGAGCCUCCGACAGCAAAUUGUUGAGGGGCGCUAUUCCACGUAUGCUCAGUUCCUGGGGGAUCUCCGCGGAUUGCUGCAUCGUAGUCUUGUCGUUCAUGGAGUGGACAGUGGUUAUACGCGUAUUGCCGUCUUCAUCAUGGAAACUUGCAAGCAACUAUGCAACAGCAUGGAUUGGUGUGAGCUGUGCUUCGAACGCUGCCUGCCGACAUCAGGAGCGGAAUCUUUGGAGGAAGCAGUCAUUCGAGCUAUGAGUGACCCAUGUAUUCAUCGCCACAUGAUUGUUUCCGUCAUUCUUCCUCAUCGCGUGUGGCCGGCCAUCAUAUAUAAAUUUGAUGGACAAUGUGUUUUCGUGCGAUUUUUCGGCACACUGGAAUUUGGUCGUGUCAAAAAGGACGCGGUGCUGAUGUUAAACGAAGAUUUCGAGUUGGAGGGACCAAACGAACCAAAAAGAGAGCAGCACGAGAUGUACGUUAAGGCGCUGCAGCAGUGCCGGAAUUUGAUUUCCAAAUUGUUAAAGUUGUCCGAUAUCUGUGUGGAGUUCUUCCCACAGAACACACCCUUCAAUGGACGCACACGUUUAAGCAGUACAACCUACGGCGCCGACGGGGUGAAGAAGAUCCGCGCCAAACCGAUGCGAAACCGGCCAUCCGCAGCCGACAGCAAUGACGACGAAACAUCCAGCUACAGUUCAUCGGAAAAACCGGCAAAAUCUGGUAAACGGGGAAACUCCAAACUCUCCCGCGCCAGAAGUAACGAAGCCGCCACCGGCGAUCCAUCGGCGGAAUCCGCCAACGAAACAGACUACGACAUGUACGAAAAUCCCAGCAAACGCAGAAAACUCCCGGCUCCUAGCGUUUCGUACCCGGAUUACACGGUGCCGGAAGAGCCACUCCUGUUGUUUGAUUCGGAGACGGAUGAAUCGAUUGAUGAGCGGAACACCUUGACAAUAAAUGCGACUAACGCUCGUCAUGACCUUUCCAGCCGGCGUACCUCAUUGCUGAUGGAAAUGGAGAUGCCGCAGUUGUAUUCUAAUCCGCUGGCCCCAGUCAGUAUAUUUUCCGAGCCGGCGCCAAAUACGAAUGUGCAAUUAAUCCCCAUGGAUCAGCCGACAAUACCGGCCAAUGACACGCGCAACCAACGACGACCCAGUCUGUUGGUGCACUUUAGCGGGGAUGAUGAAGCGGUGGAGGUGGACUGUACGAAUCUGCUGUAUUCCUUGACGGCGAAUUAUCCGGCGAUGAAUAACAAUGCCCAGCCGGUGAGUAUGCCGAUGCGGGUCAUCCCACGGAUGGAUAUGCCCGGUACCGGUUUUCCCUCGUUUCCGCAUAUGGAGCCGAUGCCCUUUCCCUCGGUCUAUACGACCGGGAUGCCGUUUUCGCGACCCAUGGUUCUUGGGAUGGAAAAUGACAGUAUUAGCGAUAGCAGUGGUGAUAUCGAACAACAAAUGCAGUCGUUUUUUGACGAUUUCAAUCGCUUAAAAGAGUUACGCCGCAUCGAAGCCGAACAGAAUCUGACCAAUUUUCAAAGCACAUACAUUGAUUGUUUCCGACGGUUCAUGGAGACUCGAGAGAAUUUUGAACAAAUCUAUCUUCAGCAGAUUAUCGACAAUCAACGGUUGCUCGAGAAUGUUUUCAAUCGAUUCCAAAGUUUGUUCUCCACGUAUCGGGCCACCAAUGAGGCAUUUCUUCAUGCUGCUGUUUUCGAGUCGGGUCGGAAAGAAGGUCUUCAGGAUAAGAAUGAGUGUAUCACCGCGACUAAACGAGAAUUUUGGUGUUGUUUAUGUCAGAGACGUGCACAGUAUCUAUGUUGCGGCGUGACCUUAUACUGCAGCGAAGAAUGUCAGCAAUCGCAUCUUGCACAGCAUCAAGUGCAUUGUAGUCGUCUAGUCCCGGUUGGAGUGCUGGGCUUGGAAGAUAAAACUGUACAAACUCCUUUUGGCGUACUGACGCUGUGCCGGACACUAAUCCCCAUUGAAUCUGUUCCACCGCCGGAACCUUCGGUACCCGUGGCAUGUGUGCCCGCGGACGGAAAUGCACAAAAUGAUCAACCUCCGGAAAUUAGCAAAGCCGCAGUGGAACGCACUGAUACGGAAGACAUCGACGCCGUGGCGCAGAUUCUUCAGUCGAAAUUCUGAUGUACCGUUCGCAACGCAGGAAAACAAUUAUAACAAUCACCAAUUGAUGAGUUUGUUUUCUCAAAAAUCAUAUAAAACUGGCAACGAUUU